CACUUCAGCCAGAACUUCAUAAAUUUCAGCAGAAUCAGCCAAACCAGCCGAUUUUCCUUCUGCCAAACAGAUUUUCCUUCUACCAAACCGGCUCUUAAUCUAUUUCGUCUGAAUUGGCCUGGUUUGAAAUAUAGCGGCAUAGAUAGCGGCUAGAUAGAGAAGGCAUAGAUAGAGAAGGUGGAGGUGAAGGAAAUAUAGCGGCUAGGGUUUUAGGAUGCCGAGUUUCAACAAGGUGCAGAAACAAAGGCGAGCGGCAAUCGCUGAACGAAAGAGAGCGAUUUUCGGCGAUCCCUUUACCGGAAAGAUUAAACAGAAACCCCAGCCACUUUCGAUUUCCGGGAAGCGCAAGCGCAAGAUCUUCAAAAAAUGGAGAAAGGAGCAAAAGGAGGCUCUGGGGAAGGGCUUAAUCACGAUGGAAGAUGUUGAAAUGGCUGUUGCUGAUGGGAAGGUUGGAGAAGCCAACAAGAACCCCAGGAAUUUCCACUUAAAGAAGAGCUCAAAACUCAAAUUGAAGCAGCUUAAGAAGAAGAAAGGCAAGAGCAAAUCAAAAUCCCAUAAACAAACGGAAGGAACUUCUGGGAAUGCAAUGGAAGAGUAAAUUGCAAAAUUUGUAUGUCAGAUUUUAAGUUAAACAAACGGAAUCUUGUACAAUCUAUCAGCAACUGUACUUGGACAAUGUUGUGUUUUAUAGUGAUUUGAGAUUCUGAUUCACUUUUAUGUCUCUUUUUCUUUGGGCUCUGAAAUCAGUGAAAUGCCCGUUUAAUGAUUCCACUAAAUCUGUGCUCUUUUCAGUUGCAUCUUGCAUGAGAAUCAAUUUCAGGAACUUAAUUGCUUGAUAAAAGCUUCA